AUGGCUACCCCCAGUGUUCUCGCUUUUGACGCUGAGGGUCGAGCCAUUGACUUUGAGGUUUGGGUAGAUGACCUGCAGCUUUUCCUACAGUGCGAUAGGGCAGACGGUCUCUCCCUCUUUGACCUCACCUCUGGUGCUUCCCCUGCCCCUGCUGCCGAUGCCGACGCCACUGUUCGCUCCCAGUGGGCCACUCGCGAGGCUGCUGCACGUCUUGCUGUGCGCCGCCACCUGCCUACCACUGAGCGCGCGCACUUUAGUCAGUACAAGAGUGCUCAGACCUUGUACGACGCUGUAGUUGCACGCUACUCUUCCCCUGCCACUGCUGCACUGAGCCGCCUCAUGCUACCGUACCUCUUUCCUGACCUUGCUGCCUUUCCCACAGUCGCUGACCUCAUUACGCACCUCCGCACUAGUGACACUCGCUACCGCGCCGCGCUUCUUGCUGAGUUCUGCGCCAAGAACCCCCCCCCCAUGUACAUCACUCUCUAUUAUAUAGUCACCCGCCUCCCUGACUUCCUUCGCGUAGUCAGGGACCACUUCCUCUCAGUCUGUCCCACCACUCUCACUGUUGACCUCCUAGAGAAGGCCCUCCUAGCAGCGGAGAAGAGCAUAGUCGCUAUAGGAGCCUCUCGUGGUGACCCUCGCACCCCCAUCUUUGAGGGGUGUUCCCCUUCCCCCCUGUUGCCCUCUGUCGCCUCUGCUGCUGCGGCCGACCUCGUUGGUCUUGAGUCGGUCGGUGCGGCGUCUGCCCGUAGCGGGAGACGCCGCUCUGGCAAGGGCAAGGGGGGCAAGGGCGCGGGUGGAGCUAGCGGGGGUGGUGGAGGUGGCGGUGGAGGCGGCGGAGGGAGAGGGGGUGGCGGUGGGAGUGGUGGCGGGGGUGGCGGUGGCGGUGGCAGCAGCGGAGGCGGAGGCGGCGGCGGUGGUAGCGGUGGGAGCGGAGGCGGUGGUGGUGGCGGCGGUGGAGGCGGCGGUGGUGGAGGAGGUGGAGCUGGUCGGGGUGAUGCUUCGCAACGGAGCGGAUCCGGGGGUGGUCAGCGCCAGCAGCAGCAGCAGCAGCGUUCUCGGGACAUCCCCCCUCCUCAGCAGCUUCGUGAGUGGUACACGCAGCGUCAGCGUGGUGGGGGUUUUGGCCCGUGCACCUACGUCCUUCGCUCCGGCGACCGCGCGGGUGAGGAGUGUGGGGGUGCCCACCCCACCCAGCGCUGCUUUGGCCGCCUGACGGAAGCUUGGCGUCAGCAGUUCCCGGAGGCUAGUGAGAUCCCCCGCUGGGGAGAGCUGUCUAGGGCAGGCGUAGCUAUCUAUGAUCUUGACUUUGAUGCUAUCCUUGCUGCCAUGUAUGCUGUGACUAUUAGUGAUGAGGGUGACUGUUACCGGUGUUUCCCGCCCGACUCGGGCAUUGGUUCUGCUGCUCCAGGUGCUGGUGAGGCUGCUGCUCUAGGUGCCAGUGCGUCUGCGCCCUCAGGUACUGGUGAGUCUGCGCUCUCAGGUACCACGUCGGCUUCGGCCUCCCUCACCUUCACACUUGACUCAGGGGCUUCUCGCUCCUUCUUUCGAGACCGCACCACACUCACGCCGCUUGGUCGGCCGGUUGCAGUCUCCCUGGCAGACCCCUCUGAGGCUCCUGUCCUCUCUCACUUCUCCACUGUCCUCCCGUGUUCGGCUGCCCCCUCUGGCACCUUGUCUGGUCUUUACCUCCCCUCGUUCUCGACGAACUUGGUAAGUGGUGCUGACCUGCAGGAUGCGGGGGUUCACCAGUUUACUCCUGCAAGUCAGCGGGUGACCCACUGCUCAGACGCCCGCACGGGCCAGCACCUGGCCACGUUUUCGCGUCGCCCGAGGUCGAGUCUCUACACCCUGACCACUGGGUCCCCUCCUGUCCCUGUGUCUAGCCAGGUAGCUGCGUCGGGUCAGGUGUUUGCUGCAGCGUCCAGGUCUGGUUUUGAGUCUGCCCCCUGCUCGUGUCGCCUCCUGUCUCACGAGACUCUCCUGUGGCACCACCGUCUUGGUCACCCCUCUCUGCCUCGUCUCCGAGGCAUGGCUUCCCGUGUCCUUGUCUCUGGUCUUCCCAGGUCCCUCCCUCCUCUUCCUCCAGGGCCUGGUCCUUCCUGUGUCCCCUGUGUCGAGGGGCGGCUCCGGGCUACCCCUCACUCCUCUCAGUUUCCCCCGACAGAGGCCCCGCUGCAGACGCUUCACAUGGACGUGUGGGGCCCGGCCCGCGUCCGUGGACAGGGUCACGAGCGCUACUUCCUGCUAGUGGUUGACGACUACUCGCGUUACACCACAGUUUUCCCCUUGCGCAGCAAGGGUGAUGUCACUGAGGUGUUGAUCGACUGGUACCGCGCAGCUCGUCUCCAGCUCAGGAGGAGCUUCGGCUCAGAAUUUCCUGUUUUGCGUCUGCACUCUGACCGAGGCGGAGAGUUCUCCUCUGGCCUUCUGCGAGCCUACUGUCGUGCGCGAGGCAUCCGCCAGACCUUUACGCUUCCGGACUCUCCGCAGCAAAAUGGGAUUGCUGAGCGCCGCAUUGGCAUGGUCAUGGACGUCGCUCGUACGUCCAUGAUGCAUGCGGCUGCCCCCCAUUUUCUGUGGCCGUUUGCGGUUCGGUACGCGGCGCAUCAGAUCAACCUUCACCCCAGGGUCUCCAGGCCGGAGACCUCCCCAGCCUUGCUGUGGACGGGGAAGGUCGGCGAUGCGUCUGCGUUCCGUGUCUGGGGAUCUCGGGCAUUUGUCCGCGACUUGUCUGCGGACAAGCUGUCCCCCCGUGCUGCUCCUUGUGUCUUCCUUGGCUUCCCCACUGACGCCCCUGGGUGGCAGUUCUACCACCCCUCCUCUCGUCGUGUUCUGUCGUCCCAGGACGUAAUGUUCGACGAAGUCAGUCCCCUACUACCGUCUCUUCCCCUACCGCACUCCUUCCCUCCCCCCGCCGCCGCACUUCCUUGUGCCAGGUCCCCCACAGGUAGACCCCCUCCCCCCUCAGGGUCCUGCCCCUUCAGGUGUGUCCCAGCCUGGGGUACUGCGACUGGGGGUGCUGAGCCUGGGGGUGCUACGACUGGGGGUACUGAGCCUGGGGGUGCUACGACUGGGGGUGCUGAGCCUGGGCGUCCUUCGCCUGGGGGUGCUGCGUCUGGAUCUGGUGAGCCUGGAGGUGCUGAGUCUGGAGCUACUGAGCUUGGGGGUGCGGAGCUCGCGGCCACUGGACCUGCUCGUGUGGCGUCUGGCGGUGCUGGGCCUGGUGGUUCUCCGGGUGCUUCGUCUCGGCGGGAGCCACUCUCUCCACAGGAGCUGCGCGAGUGGUUUGCCCGGCGCUGGAGGCGUACUACUGGAGCUGGUGCUUCUUCCGCUGCUGAGGGUGCAGGUGCCGCCGGUCUCGGAGGUGCUCGUCCUGCGAGUGGUACUGGAGUCGGAGCUGCUGAGGGUGUUGGCGCUGAGGCUACUUCUGUCAGUCCUGGCGGCGGUCCUGCUGCGGGUGCUGCUGGUGCUGCUGGAGGUAAUGGAGCUGGAGGUUGCUGUUGA